AUGAGAGAUAAAGUGCAACACAGUAGGAGAAGGAAACUCCUGAGCCAUGCAUUUUCCCAGUCCAACUUAUACGAAUGCGAGCCACUUAUUCACAAGCAAAUUGAGAAGCUUGUGACAGUGCUCCAGGGCCAGAUUGGAAAACCGAUGGAUAUGCUCAACUGGUUCAGACUCACCGCAUUUGAUGUCGUUGGUAUGGGUGCUGGAGCCCCUUUAGUGUCUGAGACUGACGACUCUGUAGGAGAACUCUUUCUUGGUCAACCAUUUGGUGGCCUUGAAUCUGGGGAAACACCUCAGUUUCUCAGCGACAUUGAGUUGUUUUUCAUCCUUGGCGACAUACAGUGGAACUAUCCUUGGCUUGCAGCCGCUCUUUCAUGGGUACCAUUGGAUUCAGUCCAGUAUUUCCUGGGAGCGAUGCAAAGACUUGCAGAUUACGGUGCAAAAUCAUAUCACAGCUAUGUCGCACAAUAUGGUCGAGAGUCUGGGCGCAAAGACCUUUUGACGAAAAUCCUAUCAGUGAAACCAGAGACAGGGGAAACCCAACUCAGCGACAGAGAAACAUCCAUCGAAAUCGGGAAUCUUGUCUUCGCGGGCACAGACACUACCAGCACUACUCUGACUUUCUUGUUCUGGGAGCUAGCAAAACACCAGACAUGGCAAGCUAGGCUUCGGAAAGAAGUUCAAGCUCAUUGCAGUAGCUCUCCAACUUUCCAAGAAGUUCAAGAUCUGCCAAUACUAGAGGCAGUUAUUGAUGAAGCUCUAAGGUUACACCCGGCAGCUCCAGCAAGUCUUCCCAGAGAAACACCCAUUGGUGGUCGAGAACUCAAUGGGUUCUUUAUUCCUGAAAAGGCCAUUGCUGGUACAUACUUUGGGCAGCUUGUUCUACUUGUCGGCGGAGGUCUGCUGUCCCACAGCAUUGCUGCUGUCGUCGGAGGAGCAUCACUCACAGCAUGGCCGACCGCCGUCCUCGGGAUCUUGGUCGCAGCACUUGGCCCUCCGGUAUCCCAAGCCGCAGAUUUCUGGGGUAGAAAGUGGUUCCUUGUCAUCCUCACAGCCUCAGGUUGUGUUGGGUCCAUCAUUGUCUCCAGAUCGAGCUCAAUGGGAAUGGCCAUAGCUGGUUUCACCAUCGCAGGUCUCUCAUGCGUUUCGCAGCCACUCCUUCACGCGGUAGUGUCAGAAGUCCUCCCGAGAAAAUAUCGAUCAUGGGCCCAAGCAAGCGUUAACGUGUCGGUGUGCUUCGGUGCCAUCUUCGGCCUCCUCGUCGGAGGGGCCUUAGUUCAAAACGAUAACAAUGCGUUCCGCAUCUACUUUUACAUAUCCGCUGGGGUGUUCGCUCUCUCGGCCGCAGCUUGUACAUUUCUUUACAAUCCACCGAUCCGAGAAACACAGAAGGGAAGCAUCUGGAGAAAACUUCAACACCUUGACUGGGUUGGUUUUGCCAUGGUUGGCUCAGGCGUCACUUUGCUCUGCGUAGGAUUAUCUUUCGCACAGAACCCGUAUGGUUGGGCCAGUGCACAUGUGCUGGCUCCGUUCCUUACAGGUAUCAUUGUCCUCCUUGGACUUGUCGCAUAUGAGUGGAAAGUCAAAAAAGACGGCCUCUUUCACCACAGUUUAUUUCAGCAUCGGAACUUCGCGCUCGCCCUUGGAUGCAUCUAUGUCGAAGGGCAUUGUGCUUUUGCUGCAAAUUACUUUGUGCCGUUCCAACUCACCACAUUAUACCCGUCGAUGGGCUUCUUUCGGGUUGGUGUCUGCUAUAGCAUCUCCUACUUCGCUUUCACUUUCUUUGCACUGGCAACAGGCCUCUACAUUUGGAAGUCAAAAACAGUACGAGUUCCGACAAUAGCUGGAUUUGUAGCAUUUAUCCUGUUCUUUAUCCUUGCCGCUACAGCAAAGGAAAACACCCCACAGGCCAACUUCUGGGGCUACAUGAUAUUCCUGGGUGCCGGUCUUGGGCUGUUGUUAACGACUCUUGUCGUUGCGGCCCAACUGUCGACACCUCCAGAGCUUAUCGCAAUGGCUUCGGGGUUAGUGCUUUCUAUCAGGAGUUUGGGAGCUUCAACAGGGCUAGUCAUAUACCAAGCAGUCUUCAGUCAUGGGAUCUCCAAAAAUUUGUUUCCCAAGGUAGCUGGUGUGACUAUUCCCCUUGGUCUAUCCGAAGAAUCACUAGGACCGUUGCUGGGAGCUAUCGCCUCCGGCGAUAUGGAUGAGUUAUCGAAUGUGCCCGGAGCGACCCAAGAAAUUAUAGAAGCUGCAACUCUCGCUGUCAAUGAAACAUACAGGCUUGCUUUCAGUUACGUAUGGGCCACUGCGGCAGCGUUCACGACAAUUGCGUUGAUUGCUGCAAUGUUCUUACGCGACCCUAGCAACGAGUUCACUCGAGAGAUUGACGCACCUCUCGAUAUUACCGAAGCGGCUGGCAUGCAGGAAUUUCGAGAGAAGUCUGCCGCGGAAUAG